AUGCUUACUGAUGAAGAGCAGCGGCUCUUCAACGCGGUCCGAAAGGCUCAGCUCAAUCGUAACACUGCUACAAAAAUCCUUGAGUGGGAUCCCAUCAAUGGAAAACAACUCAUUUCAGGAUCAUUUAUUCGUGUUUUGAUUAAACUUCCCUUAGAUUUUCGUCCGGAGAACUAUGCUAUUGCUUAUGUAAAAGGCACGAUCGAAGGCCAGCCGUAUAGUGGUUUUUCUACUGAUACAAGACAAGAAACGAAAAUUUAUUUGCUGGCAGCCCUCCCCCGUAGCUUAGCAGAGGUCAAUGGGACUCAAUUUCAACUUAACAGCGUCAGCAACAGCCGAAUGAACGUGGAUGAGUUCGCACUGUGGCUUCAGCUCUCGCGCGAAGAAGGCUCUCCAUUGCCGACUAUUAGUGAUUUGAAUGUGACUGCAGAGCGCAUACGGGCGUACGAGAUCGCCCACCGGUCUCACAUCAGCACGAGACCAAUGCAGUUACAUGGCAAUAACCAUGUAAGUGUUAACCCGAAUAACCACACAACCGUUCCGCCACAAAGUAACAGUCGACAAAACGAACUGUCUCCAGAGCAAUUGCAGUCGAUGCGUAGUAACGUGCAGCGUCAAAGUAUGUUACAACACCAACAACAAUACAACCGAGCGCGUCUGUCGUCGAACACGGCGCUACCCUUUCCAUCUCCGUCCAAUAGCCAGCCCAACUACACCCUUAACAAUCUCUUCUCGACCAGCAUCGGGAUAGGGGGGGGCGGCCGCGACACCGGUGGCUCACGAAGCCCCACGCGCGAGGUGGGCUAUGGGAACCGGCUCCAUACCGCCCAUCGGGGUAGCCUGCCGACCAGCAGCCCCGAGCCUUCCCUGAGUGCCUAUGUCGACAGCGGCAUCCUCCACAACGGGCUCCCUGGCCAACCGGAUGGGCCGCACACUGCGGAUAUCCCUCCGUUGGUGCCACUUAGUAGCUUCCCAGUAAGCGGCCACGUCGCGGCCGCCGGUACUAGUGGUGAUCAGCACAGUUCUGGCGCGUGUCAAUCCUAUUCACAGCCGCAGCUCAACACUUUGCAAACCAAGGCUGCACACCAGGAAGAGACUGAGGGCGCUUCAUUAGAGCGUGCCCUAAGACAGGAGAUUAUGAAUAGUCUUCAGCAGACGUGUUUACUUUUCCCGAAGGAUACAAGCCGCUACAAGCUCUCCCAGCUGCGGCUGGUCGAACGCGACAUGAUCGAGUAUCUCCAGCAAGUACGUGAGGAGAUUUCCGGUAAGCAGGAGAAUUGUGUAGUUUGCAUGGACCACGUGCCGACGGUGAUCCUGUUACCAUGUCGUCACAAAGUGAUGUGCCGUUUAUGCGCACCAAGCUGCAGAAUCUGCCCAGUGUGCCGAUCUACCAUUAAGGAAAUGUUCGAGACAACUGAGAUAUAA